GGAAGCUUUAAAAAGGAUUUUGUGCAUCAAGCAUUCACUUACUGCGAGAGGUAACUUGUUCCUGUACUAACAUGGAGUCAGGAAUGAUUUUGAGCUUAAUUUUAAUAUUUACAAGCUUAGGUAUCACUAAUCAGACGAGCACACCAGUUGCUUCAACAACGAUCCAGACCGUCAGUGCAAGUACAGAUGGGUCAUCAACAUCCACUCUUACAGCAGUUACUUCAACAAACACAACAGGAGAUUUGUCAUCAUCAGCACCUGGAGAAAGUACUUCUUCAGCAAGUGCAUCAACAUCCACAGGAACAGUCACAAGUCCAUCUUCAACGGUUACCACAUCGCCCUCAAGUACUUCAACACAAACUAUGACAAGCAUAUCAGCUGCAAGUACAUCAAGUGUGCUGGUUUCUAGUUCAGAAGAAACUACAUCUGGCAUAUCAAGUCUGAAUACCUUUACAUCACCAACAACUACAUCUGAUGCAUCAAGCAUGCCCACCUCAAUGUCAGCAACCCCAACAUCGAUUACAUCAAGUGUGUCUAAUUCCUCAUCUUCUGCUCUGGCGUCCAGUACAUCAAAUGUGACAACUUCCACAAUUACAACUCCAAUAACUAGUCCAACAAGCAUGCCUGCUUCUACAUCACCUGUCUCAUCAUCCAGUCCAUCAAGUAUGCCCACUUUGACACCGCAAGCCGCAACAUCAAAUACAUCAAGUGUGUCCACUUCCACAUCUUCUGCUCUGGCAUCCAGUGGAUCAACAACUCUACCUAGUCCAUCAAGUAUGCCCGAUUCUACAGGAUCCACUGCAACAUCUAUUCCGUCAAGCGCGAGCACUUCCUCAUCUUCUGCUCUAGCAUCCAUUACAUCAAGUGUGUCAAUUACUACAAUAACAACUCUAGCUACUGCAUCAAGUGUGCCCGCAUCUACAUCAUCUGCUCAAACAUCCAGUCCAUCAAGUGUGCCCGAUUCUAUGUCUUCCGCUACAACAUCUACUCUGUCAAGCGUGUCCACUUUCUCAUCUUCUGCUCUGACAUCCAGUACAUCAACAAUUCUAUCUAGUCCAUCGAGUGUGCCCGAUUCUAUGUCUUCCACUGCAAAUUCUACUCCAUCAAGCGUGCUCACUUCCGCUUCUUCUGCUCUGGCAUCCACUACAUCAACAACUCUAUCUAGUCCAUCAAGUGUGCCCGCAUCUACAUCAUCUGCUCAAACAUUGAGUCCAUCAAGUGUGCCCACUUCUUCAUCAUCUAUUCAAACAUCUAGUCCAUCAAGUGUGCCCACAUCUUCAUCAUCUAUUCAAACAUCUAGUCCAUCAAGUGUGCCCACAUCUUCAUCAUCUGUUCAAACAACUAGUCCAUCAAGUGUGUCCGCAUCCACAUCAUCUGCUCAAACAUCCAGUCCAUCAAGUGUGCCCGCUUCUACAUCAUCUGCUCAAACUUCUAGUCCAGCAAGUGUGUCCACAUCCACAUCAUCUGCUCAAACAUCCAGUCCAUCAAGUGUGUCCGCAUCUACAUCAUCUGCUCAAACAUCCAGUCCAUCAAGUGUGCCUGCAUCUACAUCAUCUGCUCAAACAUCCAGUCCAUCAAGUGUGUCCGCAUCUACAUCAUCUGCUCAAACAUCCAGUCCAUCAAAUGUGCCCGCAUCUACAUCAUCUGCUCAAACAUCCAGUCCAUCAAGUGUGUCCGCAUCUACAUCAUCUGCUCAAACAUCCAGUCCAUCAAGUGUGCCCGCUUCUACAUCAUCUGCUCAAACACCUAGUCCAUCAAGUGUGUCCACAUCUACAUUAUCUGCUCAAACGUCUAGUCCAUCAAGGAUACACGCUUCUACUUCAUCUACUCAAACAACUAGUCCAAGAGGAUUGCCCACUUCUACAUCAUCAUUGCCCACAUCAGCUGCAGCUACUUCUGGAAUACCAAGUGAGACAACCUUUACGUCAGCUGCCUCUGCAUCUGGUACAUCAGGUGCAGCACAAGUAACGACUCUGGCUCCAAGCACAAUUCAGACUGUUCCCACGGUGCAGACUCCAUCAGAUAAUUCUGGAUUCCGAGUGGCUGUGAUAGUGUUGGGAUGUUUACUAGGUGUGGCACUGCUCUUAAUCCUGGCCAUAGGACUGGUGAUGUUUUGUAUGAAGAGACAUUCUGGGUAUUACUUCACGCAUGGUUCGGACUUGCUCUGGAGGUUCAACACCGUAUAGUGCGUCUUAUAAAAUCCUCCCCAUGGACAAAUCAUUUCCUCAGGGGUUAUUCAGCUUUUGAAAGAAAUAUCAAAAACUCAGGGAAGAUAUAAUACUAAAAAGAAAACCAAUAUAUCUAAUACGUAUAUUAAUGGAGAAAAAAGAUAGAUUUCUGGUCUCUCAUUCAGUUUCAUAUAUUUGUUUCUAAACAGAUUGAUCUGUGAAUAGGAUACCAUGUCAGGUUUUAUUCAUGGUAUCAAUAAUGAAAAUGGGGACAAUUUCACAAUUGACUAUACAGAUCAGGACAUUGUGGACCAGCAAAUCACAAUCCAUUAACAUUAAUAACAUUUAUAUUAAUACCCAGUAGUUCUGCGCAAUUCUUGCAAGAAUCAUACCUUCUUGUUUAUGUGCAUUCAAGCAUUCAGCAACAAUGAAGAAAUCUUAACAACUACAAUGCUGAAUGUUAACUGAAGAUAUCUGCAGAUAGCCCAAUGUAAUAAAGAGCUUAAAUAGGUUUUAGCAUGGGCCAAUGCUUUGUCCUUGUGUUACAUUUCCUACUGCCCUGAAACAUUUGAAGGAAGAUUUCAAACCUGAUGUUAGUGAAGGAACAGUUUAUGGAAAUUGUACUUGGAGACAUUCCCUUACCAUUUAUCAUUUAUCAUUUGUAAUUCUGUUACUUUUGGAGCACUGAUCGCCUUAAUUUUGUUAUUCUGAGGGACUAUGUGGUGUAGAAGAUGUAAAUGGGCUAUGAACUGUGCUAAUUCCAGCAGGUAUACCACAUUUACACACCUGAAUGUGCCAUCAUACCUCAUACACUGCUCACAGAUAGCAUUAUACCAUGAUUCCUGGAAUACCUUGAUCUGCACUUCCCUGUUCUCAGUCUUCACAGAAGCAUUCUAGCACCCUGACCCACUACCAGCUUCCACCACUGCUGGUUAAAAACCAGGGUUUCAGCAACAAUGUGAACCUCAAAGUAAUGUUACAUCUGAUCACAGUUUCUAGCAAUAUCCUAUCCUAGAUCUUUUAGAAGCUUUUAGCAUUUGAAUAUAGGAUAUCCCUAUGAUUACCAACACAUCAGAAAAUUGACCCUUAUCCCAGGGAAAUGAGCUAAAUAUACAGUUUGUCUCAUUAAAGAAAACCUUGUGCAAUGAACUUCCUGCCAUAAAAUUGCAAUAAUUGAAUUCAUGAUUUAAGAACAAUUUUGUCAGUGUUGACAAGUUCACACUAACAAGUUCAUCAUAUAGACCAUAGCAUAGGAUGAAUGAAGUCAUGUUCUACAUUGAUGCUCUAUACACUGUCAUUAUUUAUUUAGAUUUUAAAGGUGCUAAUUUUGUAAUGUUUUUCCAUUUAUAUUUGUAAUUAUUAAAAUAUAUUCUUCUAUAAAUAAAGAUAUAUUGCUUAUCAAA